GAGGCAGAUCUGGUCACACUCUAAACCCCGUCAAUCGUCCUUUCCAGUUCUAGUACCCGGCGGGGGGAGCUUGGACGAGAAGGCUUGGAGGGUUCAAACUUCAUAAAAGGCCCACAACAUGUGUCUUGGAUGGGCUUGAGACUUCGAGGCUACAAAAGUCCAAUUGCUUGUUCGAUAUACUGCCCUCGCCCUCACACCUCCCCCCGUGCACACUCUUCUUCCAGCUGUCGAUUGUCACGAAUAUAUGGGCUGAGGGAUCGAGCCGUCUAUCAUCUCCCCCGCCCCGAAGGAAAAUGCCUAGCUAUCACCGCACCAAGCAAACUGCACCACCACCAAAGACUCGAGACGCCGAAGCCGCCUACGCCAACGCCCACGCGCGGUACGGCUACCACGACGCCCCCAAAUACGCCGACGACGUGAACAACUCUCUGGCCCUGACGAGAAGCCUGCACGAUUCGGGCACCACGAGCUUCGAGUCGGACAACUCCAUGAAUUCACAUCCAGAAUCGGGAGUCGAGGGCAGUGUGGCCCAGGAGGAGGAGGAGGACAUGACGCCGCCCGACAGCGAUGCCAGCAACUUGACCUGCGCGGAAAUCGUCCUCAGACAGGUCAAGGUCCCGAUGGUCACGGUGGGAGCAAGCGGCCCGGCCAUCAACGCCACCAAGAGGGGCUCCAUCAGCAUCAACGGGGGCGUGGCGACCGUGAAUGGGAUUGUCGGCGCCAACAUCUGCGGCCAGUUCAUUGUUGGGCAGCCUUGACCCGGGGGAGGGGGGGGGCGACUCCUUUUCUAGUCUACUUGCCGGUGUGGUGAGGUUUGCUGUUUCGACUGUUCAACUGUUUCUGUAAGUAUUUCACCUAGCCGUAGAUCCAUAUAUGGAUAAAGAUAGCCCACAGCAGACAGUUCAUUGACGCUGUUACUUCUGCACUCUUCCUCC